GAAGCUGACAAACAAUUUUUGCAAUAAUCAUCGUCGGAUUUUAUUUAGCGGCUGUGGAAUAUCUUGUUUCUUUCCUGUGAAACUACUAAAUAAAUUGAAAAUAUUUUAAUAAAUAAUGUCACGUUACGAUCGCGCCGUUACCAUUUUCUCACCUGACGGUCAUCUGUUACAGGUUGAGUAUGCACAGGAAGCAGUACGCAAAGGAUCCACAGCGGUUGGUGUUCGUGGCGCCAACUGCGUUGUCCUCGGUGUGGAAAAGAAGUCUGUGGCAAAGCUACAAGAAGAACGCACAGUGCGAAAGAUUUGCUUGCUCGAUCAUCAUGUUGUAAUGGCUUUUGCUGGUCUCACUGCCGAUGCUCGUAUUCUCAUCAAUCGUGCCCAAGUGGAAUGCCAGAGCCAUAAACUGAACGUGGAAGAUCCAGUUACAUUGGAAUACAUUACAAGAUAUAUCGCCCAAUUGAAACAAAAAUAUACACAAAGUAAUGGUCGCCGUCCAUUUGGUAUAUCCUGUCUCAUCGGUGGCUUUGAUUAUGAUGGUACGCCGCAUUUAUAUCAAACUGAACCCUCUGGCAUCUAUUAUGAAUGGAAGGCCAAUGCCACCGGACGUUCGGCAAAAACAGUACGUGAAUUCUUGGAGAAACAAUACAAAGAUGAGGAGGUAGCCACAGAAAAUGGUGCUGUUAAAUUGGCCAUUAAAGCCUUGUUAGAAGUGGCACAGUCUGGUCAAAAGAAUUUGGAAAUUGCAGUUAUGGAAAGAGAUAAACCACUUAAAAUGCUCGAUGCUAAAACUAUUGAAGAAUAUGUUACUGUUAUCGAAAAAGAAAAGGAAGAAGAGGCUGAAAAGAAAAAACAGAAGAAAUAAGCUUUGACAGUUGAACUUUCUCUCUGUUUGGCGAGCAAAUAGUGGUGGGACAAGGUUUUUUUUAACAAAUAUAAAUUUUGUCAUUGUAUUUAAUUAGUUUUUCUAUAUUCUAUGGAAAUAAAACAAAAUAAAAUAAU